CUGCGCCAACAGCUGCGAGGCAAGAAACGCGGCCAAUUCUGCGGCCUUGCUUGAGAGAGGCGGCGCGCAGCAGCGCAAGAAAACGCGCUCCCCCCGCUCAAUUUCGCACGCAUGGCAGCCACCAUGGCGGACACGCCCGCCGAAGCGCCGCCGCCGCCACCAGAAAUCAAGGAGGAGGGCGUCAAGCGCGCCGCGCCCGGCGACGACGCACCAAAACAAUACCCCAAGCCCAUCAAGAAGAACGUGAGCGCGUUCCUCCACUUCUGCGCCGAGCAGCGCGAGGCCGUGAAAGCGGAGAACCCCGAGAUCACGGGCAAAGCAGGCGAGAUCACCAAAAUUUUAGGGCAGCGGUGGAAGGCGUUAGAUGGCGACGCCAAAGCUAGGUAUAAUGAGAUGGCCGCCGCCGACAAGAGGAGAUACGACGCCGAGAAGAAGGAGCGAGGGGGCGACGUGCCCAAGCCGGCGAAGAAGGACGCCGAGCCCCACGAGACGAUCAUCCCCGUCGCGCGCGUCAAAAAGAUCUGCCGGGCCGACCCCGAAGUGAGAUCGAUGGCCAAGGAGGCUACGGUGGUCAUGGCCAAGGCCGCCGAGAUCUUCGUGCAGAACCUGGCCGUGGCGACGCACGCCGUCGCUUCCACCAGAACGCUGCGGGCGGACCACGUCGCGCAGGCCGUCCGCGACCGGCCGGACUUCGCGUUCCUGCGGGUCGAGUUCCCCAAGGUCGACUACAAGCCGAAGGAGGCGGGCCCGAAGAAGGGCCCCGCGGCGCCGGCGAACCAGCCGUCCAUCGCGAGCUUCUUCAAGAAGCCGAAGCCUGAGGCGGAGGCGUGA